AUGGCCCCGAGAAACGUGCUCCUGCUCGUGGCAGACGACUUGGGAAAGCAGCUUGGCUGCUACGGAAACCCCUACAUCAAAACUCCAAACAUCGACAAGCUUGCUGCUGAAGGUACACGGUUCGACAAAGCUUUUGCAAGCACUGCUUCUUGCUCCGGCUCAAGAUCGACCCUCUACACAGGCCUCCACACCCACCAGAAUGGCCAGUACGGACUCAACAGCGGCAAACACCAUUUCAUGACAUUCGAUCACAUUGAGUCUGGACCGGCCUUGUUAUCCAAGGCUGGCGUUCGUACCGGGAUUAUCGGGAAGAUCCACGUCGGCCCAGACAAUGUUUAUCCCUGGGAAUGGAGGGCCGAGAGCCUGACCAGGGAUGUGUGGUGGUCUUCUCAACGCGCGGCCGAGUUCUUCAAGGUCUCCAAAGAGGAUGGGCGGCCGUUUGUACUGACCGUUGGGUAUCACGACCCCCAUCGCGAUCGCACCCGCGGCGGCUUUGGCAAUGAUGAGCCGGUCGACGAGCGGAUAAACAGCGUGAAGUAUCAUGCCAGCGACAUGGUUGUCCCAGGCUUCCUCUCAGAGACACCCGGUGUUCGACAUGAGCUUGCAGGCUAUGCUGAGGCCAUUAGCCGUCUGGAUCAGGGCAUCGGCAUGAUCCUUCAUGAGCUUGAAGCAUCUGGCUUCGCCGAUGACACUCUAGUCAUUUUCAUCAGCGACAAUGGCCCUCCUUUCUUGAACUCCAAGACGACUCUUUACGAUGCAGGGGUCUGCCUCCCUCUCAUCAUCAAGCAGCCUAGAUCUUCACCGGCUGUAAAUCGCAACCUGGUGUCUUACAUCGAUGUUUUACCCACCAUCUUGGAUUGGGUUCUGGAUCAAAACUCGGAAGUACCCAAGGCGGGACUCGCGGGUCGGUCGUUCCUCGACAUAAUCAGUGAAGGUCAGGAGCUUCCUGAAUGGGAUCACGUAUUUGGCUCCCACACCUUUCAUGAGUCGACGAAUUACUGGCCCACGAGGUACAUCCGAACGAGACGAUACAAGUAUCAUCGCAAUAUUGCAUGGAGACUUGACUUUCCUUUUGCCAAUGAUAUCUACGGCUCACUCACAUGGGAAGACAUCCGCAAUGCCGAAGAGAGUCCGAAGAAGGUUGGGCAAAGACUGCUGAAAGACUACUUCUUCCGUCCUGCGGAGGAAUUGUACGAUCUCACAGUGGAUCCUAAUGAGGUGAAGAAUCUAGCCAAGGAUACUGAUCAUCAGCAUGUACUCGAUGAGCUGAGGACCAGGCUGGAAGAUUGGCAGAGAAGAACGAACGACCCUUGGCUGUACCGCGACGGGAUCUCGAUCCUUCUGAACAAGCAUCAUAUUGAUGCCGGGCUCUCAGUUCCCGAUAAGUGGGAUCUUGACAUUGAAAGUCCUGAGACAAAUAAGAAAGGUAUCAAAUUGUAUGAUAACUUGCCUUUCGGGGUGUCUGGUGUCAGAUCGUAG